ACUCUAAUCCACAAAUCCUCAAUAGGGUCAUUGGGACUCCAUGACAUAGUUAGAUCAUGCACUGCUUAAAGGUGUCAUUUUCCUAUCCUAGAUGUAAUUUUAAAUGAUUUUUGGUGUAAAUGAUUAUCUAAAGCCUCUUAGACCAGCCUAAGAUUUGGAAAAAAACAAACUAAAAAACAAGGUAAAUGGACCGAUCACACAAUUAAGGAGUGGAAAGUGUAGAUUGCAGAAGCGUCGCCAUGAGCUCAUCCACAGCAGUUCACCGCCUCUCUUUACCACCUCACACAGAACCACAGUCUUGCACCGACAGUGGAGAGCAAAGCGAAGAAGAACUAAAUAGACCAGAGUCAAAUCCCCCUCAUGUGACCAACACAAAUAACAACAACAAUAAUGAAGAAGAGGAAAAGGCACAAAGGAAAAAAGAGAGGAAGGAGAGGAAAGAGAAAAAAGAAAAGAAAAAGAAGAAGAAGGAGGAAAAAGAAGCCAAAGAGAAGGAUGAAAAGGAAAAAGUAGAGAAAGAAAAGGAAAAAGAGAAGGAAAAGGAAAAAGAGAAGGAAAAGGAAAAAGAAAAAGCAAAGGAAAAAGAGAAAGAAAAGGACAAGGACAAGCCUAAAGAAAUAUUUGUGAUUAAUCCAGCUGGGAAUCUAUAUUACAACUGGCUGUUUUUCAUCACAGUGCCUGUUAUGUACAACUGGACCAUGAUCGUUGCCAGAGCUUGCUUUGAAGAACUUCAGCAUGACUAUAUAAUCUAUUGGUUCUUUUUGGAUUACACUUCUGACUUAAUAUACCUAGCUGACAUGUUCUUCAGGACCAGAACAGGCUACCUUGAACAAGGUUUGAUGGUGAAAGACAAGAAGCUGCUCCAGGAUCGCUAUACAUCCAGCUUCCAGUUCCGUCUUGAUGCUCUAUCCAUGCUGCCGACAGAUAUUUUCUAUCUUGUUUUAGGUCUUGAUUACCCAGAGAUCCGAAUCAACAAGCUGCUGAGAAUAGGUCGAAUGAUGGAAUUCUUCACGAAGACAGAAACCAAAACUAACUACCCUAACAUCUUUCGCAUUGCAAACCUGAUCAUGUACAUCCUCAUCAUCAUUCACUGGAAUGCCUGUUUGUACUUUUCUUUUUCUAAAUCCAUCGGCUUUGGGGCCGAUGAUUGGGUCUAUCCAGCUCUGGAUGAUCCUGAUGAACCGGAGUUUGGGCAGCCAAUGAGGAAGUAUGCGUUUAGUCUCUACUGGUCCACUCUGACGCUGACCACCAUCGGAGAAACCCCCCCACCAGCUCUGGAUUCAGAAUUCUUUUUCCAUGUGAUGGACUUCCUGGUUGGUGUCCUGAUCUUUGCUACUAUUGUGGGAAACAUCGCCACAAUGAUCUCCAACAUGAAUGCAGCUCAAGCCCAGUUCCAGUCUCGGAUUGACAACAUCAAGCACUAUAUGCAGGCUCGAAAAGUCAGCAAAGAGCUUGAGUUGCGAGUCAUCAAGUGGUUUGAUUACCUGUGGAAUAAUGGAAAGGCACAAGAUGAAAGAGAAGUGCUGCGAUACCUCCCAGACAAGUUGAAAGCAGAAAUAGCCAUCCAGGUCCACAUGGACACCUUGAAAAAAGUUCGUAUUUUUGCAGACUGCGAGGCAGGACUCCUCAUCGAACUGGUGCUAAAACUCCGACCACAGGUUUUCAGCCCGGGAGACUACAUCUGCAAAAAGGGGGACAUUGGUCGUGAGAUGUACAUCAUCAAAGACGGAAAGCUAGCAGUGGUUGCCGAUGAUGGGGUCACACAGUUUGUUGUGCUAGGUAGUGGCAGCUAUUUUGGUGAGAUCAGUAUUCUUAAUAUUAAAGGCAGCAAAGCAGGAAACAGGCGGACAGCGAACAUCCGCAGCAUUGGAUACUCUGAUCUCUUCUGCCUCUCCAAAGAUGACCUAAUGGAGUCCCUGUUAGAGUAUCCAGACGCCAAAGGUAUGCUGGAGGAGAAGGGAAGGCAGAUCCUGAUAAAAGACGGCCUGAUAGACCUGGAUCCCGCAAACAUCAAACCUGAGGCGAAAGAGCUGGAAGAAAAGGUGGACAAGUUGUAUAACGCAAUGGACUUGAUGCAAACUAAGCUCAAGAAGAUUCUACAAAAGAAAAAAAGCGCUGACAAAGCACUCAAAGAGCGAAUCAAAGAUCUGGAGCGCCUGAGUGGAGAAGAAGCAGAAGAAGAUGAGGAGGAUGAAGAUGUGAAAAAGGAAGCAACAGUGGAAGAAGCUGUGGAGGAGAGAGCAGAUGGAAAGGUGGGAGAUGAUGAGGAGGAGAAAAAAGAAGAAGAAAAAGGUGAAGUGUCGGAGAAAGGUGAAGAAAAAAGAGGGGAAGAGGAAGAAAAACCAGAGGAAAUGAAGGAGGAAAAAGAUGAAGAUGAAGAGGAAGAAGAAGAAAAGAAAACAGAUGAGGAUGAGAAAAAAUGA